AUGGUGCUGGACAGGACCGUGGUGUCCUUUUUUGUCUUAUUCUCCAUUGUCUACUUCUUGGAGGCCAUCGGCGGGUUCUACAUGACCAGGUAACAGUCUGUAAUCAUGUUCUAGCCACAUCGAUUUAACUCUGCACAAAAAUGCGCAAAAAAUCAAAAUUUAGAUGACAAUGUUGUUAAAUGUGUGCACGACUUUUUUGCAUGAUGGCCUUUAUUUCAGUGCCGUUGUCGCCAUCGAGAAGCAAUUCCAGAUUCCCAGCAAAAUUUCGGGGAUGAUGGUGUCGGCCGGAGAUUUCGGAUAUAUUCCUUCAGUGGUGAUUGUAUCGUAUCUUGGUGGGAAGGUAAUUACAAUAAAAUAAACCUGAACCAACGUUCAGGGGAAUAGAGCCAAAUGGAUAGGCGGUGGUUGCAUGCUGAUUGCAAUAGCUAACCUUCUUAUCUCGACUUCCAAUUUCCUGUUUCCGGUCGAAAGAGUUGACUUGAAAACCUCGGAUUUCCAAGAAACAAUUGAAAGGGAUAUCAGUCGAAUGGCCAAUGAAGGAGCCUCCAUUCCGUAUCUGCUACCUCAUGAAAUAAGACGAAUUGUUGCUGGGAAAGGAGGCUUACCCGCAACAUUGCAACAAUGUGAAAAGCUGAUUGAUCGAAACCAGAGUUCUACUUUAUGUAAUACUAUCCAAGUGGGUUCCCGUUUCGUAUUCAGUGUUUUAGUCGAUACUCCAUGUCCAUAAUCCUUCGACUAUAACUGAAGUCGAGAAUCUGCGAGCCAUUACCGCUACAACGUACGCCUUUUGUAGUAAGUCUCUGAACAGACUCCGAGCAAUGGUGAGAUUACUGUAACAGAAUUAUUUAGUCUUUAGAUGGACAAAGUUAGAUGCACCAGAGAUGCCUCUUACUUCGGGCCAACGGCCACGAUCUUCUUCGGUCUUUUCCUUCUGGGUAUUGGCCGUACAAUGCCGUAUUCUCUAGGUUUACCCUUGGUUGAUGACAACGUGAAAAAAGCCAAUCUUCCUCUUUAUUUCGGUAAGCUUACUGUUUAAUAAUUUUCUUUAUUUGCAGCUGGUAUGUUCUUUAUUCGAAUUCUCGGACCAGUGAUUGGCUUAAUGAUGGGAUCAGUGUUCAACAAGUACUACUACACCUUCGAUCGUAUGUUAUUUUACUUUCACAUAUAGUAAAAACUUUCAGCACCACAGGGCCUAACUCCUCGAGAUCCAAUGUGGAUUGGCAGAUGGUGGUGUGGAUUCUUGGUGAUGGGAUUCUUGCUUUUUGGGCCCUCGUUAGCUUUAUUCUGCUUCAAAACUCAUCCUUCUUAUCAUGAAGAGGAUGAGAAUCGAGAAGAUGGAGCUAAAGAUGAUCUUCUUAAAGGAAAAAGUGGAUCUAAAAAGUAAAAAUGAUGACUCAAACUAAAGAUUUAAGGAAGCCCCGGAGAUUAGCUUUGGUCGACCGGCAUGCUGAGAGAACGGCCGAUGGGAAAACCGUGGUUCCGGACACUUUCCAAGAAAAGAUGGAUGACUUCGUAAUCACCAUGAAAUCCGUGAUAACACAACCCGUAUAUGUAGGACUUCUGGUUGGCAGGAUUAUCGACGUGAUGGCUUUCAAAGGGUUUUUUGUCUUCCUCCCCAAAUACCUCGAGAUUCAUUUUGGUGUACCUCAAUACAAAAUUAACUUUUAUAUGGGUAAGUCGUAGCGAUUACAAUUACUCUUCACCCUAGGUCUUAUUGGCAUCGUUGGAUUUGCAAUUGGGGUGAGUCUAGGGAGUCUUCUGAUGAGAUUCCUAAGAUUAGAAGGACGAAAAGCGGCUGCUUGGGUAGCCAUCUGCUCCUUGCUGGCCGCUCUUUUGUCCUUCUUGAAUGCUGGAGUUGGUUGUCAAUCUACAAUGUCACAACUCGGUGAGAUGUAAGCAUGUUUUCCGGGCGAAAAUUAUUAUUUUAAUAAAAUAUUUAGAGCAUCUAGAGGGGCUCCAAAUACAACUGCAGUCUGUUCCCGGAACUGUUAUUGCGAGAACGUUCCCAUAUACCCCGUUUGUGACCCUCAGGGCAAUGUGUAUUAUUCCCCGUGCCAUGCUGGAUGUCCAUCACCCAAUCCGGCUGAAUUCGCUCUUCUCGAUCCCAAGUUACCCCCAACUUUUGCCAAUUGUUCUUGUGUUAAGCAAGAUGCUGAGAGAAGGGUUUCCAGAGACUAUUGCGUUACCGACGAUUGUAAUUGGAAGAUCAAGGUCUAUUUCUUGAACAUGGCAUUAGGAGGGGUAGUUGGAGGACUUGGAGUAACACCUGGCAUGCUCAUCAUGUUACGGUAAGUCCUUCAGGCUCUAUCAGUAAUGUCCAUCAUUUCAGAUCAGUCCCUCCUCGCCAUCGUUCCGUAUCUUUGGGAUUCAGUGGAUUCCUAGUGAGUAUCCUGGCUACCCUUCCUUCUCCCAUCAUUUGGGGGGCCAUUAUCGAUUAUUUCUGUGUCCAAUGGGAAAAAAAGUGUGAUGGACGGGGAGCUUGCGUCCUCUAUAGCACCGAAAAACUGCGAAUAUGGUAAGAUGACCCAAGACUUCUAUUCAUCUCCCGACUUCAGGAUGCACGGUAUUUACGGAGGUCUCCGAUUGUUAGCUUUACUCGCCGACUUUUAUGUCUUAUAUCAUGCCAAAGGAUUGAAAAUUAUGGGAGAGGAAAAGGAAGAAGAGGAAGAUAACAAAGACUCGACCAAUGAGCAUAUAGAAGAGAACAACGACAAGCUGAAUGACGAUCCAUUGCCCAAACAAUUCAAACCAAAAGAUGAACAAGAUAUCAGUCGGACUUCGACAAAUGAGUCUAAAAAUGCAGCUUAA